GCAUUCCGCUAAGAAAUCGUCCCAGUCACCUCGGAUCCACUCAGGUCCCCCGGGACUGGCUUCUGUGGGUACCAUGACGCUGCCUGUGUUCUUCGGUUGCGCCUUCAUCGCCUUCGGGCCCGCGUUCGCACUCUACCUCUUCACCAUCGCCACCGACCCUUUGCGCGUCAUUUUCCUCAUCGCUGGGUGAGGUUGAGCCGAGUCCCGGACACCGCGGGUCCCUCCCUCUCCUGGGUUUCCACGACCCCGGGAUCCCCAUCUCCCAGUGGCUCCCAGCUUGUGGGACUGUCCAAGACUGGGGGGAGGGGGUUCAGGCUGAGCAGGCGAGUCCUGCGGGUCUUGGCUUCUGUGGAAGAUGGGAAUAAGUGGAUACAUUCGUGUAUGGAGCCUUAGUCUUUCCGUAGGAAUUUCUCAUUUCACUCAGUGCUCAGCGGCAUCGAAGAGCUGUUCUCACUCUCUGCCAUUAAAGACACCUGGGGAUCAGUUGUCCACCUCCUCAACCCCCGUUCUUGGACUCAGAAUGCCUGUGAGGAAUUUGGGCUCAGAUUUUUCUUGUAGGCCCCUGGGUAAUGGUUGGGGUGCAGCCAAUGGUGAAAGCCUGAGAAAACCGCUGCAACACCUGACCAGUCUUGCUGAGAACUUGUGCUUUCUUCUGGUUGGUGUCUCUCCUGCUUUCGUCCAUGUUUUGGUUCCUAGUGAGAGUCAUUACUAACAACAGAGAUGAAUCAGUACAGAAUUAUCUGCUCAUCUUCGGAGCGUUGCUCUCUGUCUGUAUCCAAGAGCUGUUCAGGCUCGCAUAUUAUAAGCUGUUAAAAAAAGCCAGUGAGGGUUUGAAAAGCAUAAACCCGGAGGAGGACAUAGCACCCUCGAUGCGACUGUUGGCGUAUGUUUCUGGCUUGGGCUUUGGAAUCAUGAGUGGAGUGUUUUCCUUUGUGAACACCCUGUCUAACUCCUUGGGGCCAGGCACAGUGGGCAUUCAUGGUGAUUCUCCUCAGUUCUUCCUUAAUUCAGCUUUCAUGACACUGGUCGUCAUAAUGCUGCACGUGUUCUGGGGCGUUGUGUUCUUUGAUGGCUGUGAGAAGAAUAAGUGGUACACCCUCCUCACGGUUCUCCUGACGCAUCUGGUGGUGUCCACCCAGACUUUUCUAAGUCCUUAUUAUGAAGUGAAUCUGGUAACAGCAUAUAUAAUCAUGGUGCUCAUGGGCAUCUGGGCAUUUUAUGUUGCUGGAGGCAGCUGCCGAAGCCUGAAAUUCUGCCUGCUCUGCCAAGACAAGGAUUUUCUUCUUUACAACCAACGCUCCAGAUAACCUCUGACCAUCAGCACCUCUAAGCAGCAGCCUGUGUCUUUAGAGGAAGCACAACUGGGCCCUGUUCUAAAAAGACCCCUGUCUCUUGGAACUUGGAAGCCACAGAACUGUCCAGCCUGGAACUGUCCUGUGCUUUCAUGCAGCAGCCUCUGGAAGAGCUGCAGUGUAGCCUGCAGCCUGGCUGCACAUUUGAAGCAUCUGGGGAAACAAGGACUGAUGCUUCUGGGCUUCUCCAGACUUGAUUAUCCUGGAUGUGCAGGACAGCUGAGAGUCACUGGGGUCCAAUGGGGAGUUCGAGAAAACACCCAAAAGCUGUUUAGUGUUGGUCUUCUAAGCCAACUUCAGCUGAGCAAGUAAAUAUCUGAAUGUGGUAACCAGCGUAGCCCUUGUCUUUUUAUGUACUGAUGUCACAGACUCCAGGGCUGUUCUGUCUGUGGAUGGGUUUGCUAGCCUUCACCAGCAUCAUAGGCUGUGCCUUUAAAUGCAGUAACCUACACUGGCAUUAUAACUUAGCCAAGGUAAGGUCCAUGUAGAACCUGUAGUUUUCUCAUUAUUUUAUCAAUUUUAAGUUUUUCUUCCUCAGACACUAGAUUAUUUAUUUGAGUAUAAAUUCAGGCUCUUUAGGAUUAAUUAUAUGCUGACUUCCUUGGGAGAGUUUAAAAUUAUAUGCUGAAUUCCUUCGAAGAAAUUGGCAGUGCAAUUUCUAUGGAUUCCACAAGUUUAUUCAUUAUAAAAUACUAACAGCAACAUAGACUCCUCAGUUUUAAGCUGCUGUGUGUGCUGUCUGAAACUGGCUUGUCAAGGGAAUGCUCACCUUUUUUAUCUCUGAGAAGCUGGGCAGGGAGAUGAAUGAUGGACCUUUGGCAGAUCUUCUCUGGACUUUGCAAGAGUGUAGCUAAACCACAAAGUAGUGUGACAUUGACACUUCUCAUUUGCUACUGUGACACCAAACAGUGCCAUCACCCUAAUGGUACAGAGUAAAGUUGGAGAUAGACCUUAAGCUGCCAGAUUUCAAGCUGGCAUGUAACUUUUCAUCUUCAGCAGUUUGCCUGGGUUCUGGUUACUGUGAGACAAACAGCAUUCCCUUUACAGGACUAUGCAAGGGCUUUGUUAGUCUUCCAGAUAAGGCCUCUGGCUUCCUCUGUAAGAGGAAUGCUACUGCAUUGGGAGUCUACUGUGGAGACUGUUCCCAAUCCAAGUCUUUUGGGAACAGAGUGUAAAGUAGCAAUGACCUCUUGGUGGAAGUGAUGCCUUGGUGAUCCCAGCACACACGUGCACUGUCUAUCAGAACCAGGGGCAGCAGUGAGAGGGUUUGGCAGUGACACUGGAGGUGAGCGUGACAGCACCAUGGUAACAAGAAGAAUGGGUGUGUUUUAAACAAAGAUGCAGUCAGUGUUUUGAGCUGGCUAGAAUCUUACCCAGAAACUAAACCUUAAUUGAUAAACUCUCACCAUGGUUAAAAUAUUUGAGUGUCUGUGUAGAGAUGCAAGAAUAAUGAAGCUUCUAGCAAGACUACAGACUGCCCGAGAAUCCACCAUAGUUACCUCCUUAAAGGUUACUUCAGCUCUAAGUCAUGUCAGUGCCUCUGCUGGAGUUUGUUGGUUUGUAGCUUCAUAUAUGAUUUUUCAUGGACUAGAAAGACAAAGGCUCAGAAACCAACAGUGGACAUCAGUGUGCAGCAGUAGCUAAAGACAGAGGCCAGUGAAAAUAUCCAUGAUUUAGUUUCUACUUGGCAGCUUUGAAUAGCUUAGUCUUGUCACUUUCCCUCCCCUUAGAGAGGAGACGAAGCAGCUGAGAGGUUGUGUGCGGCCUUUAUCCUCAGACAGGAGGUUCAGGAAACUGGGAGGACCUAUCACAGGAAUCCAUAUGGUGGCAGUUGGCUCUGUUUGAAUGAGGCUGCUCCAGGUUUAUACUGAUCAUCUUCCCGGAUGAUCCAGCUUCAGGGCCAAUACCUCUGAGCCUGUAACACAGGUGAGGAGGGGCACAUUUCCCAAGUCAGCUCAGAGUCGGCUACAGUCUCUUUGGCCCUUUCUCAAUAAAGUUGUGAGUCUUUUAGUUGUCUUUUGUUUAGAUUUUAGUUAGAAUGGAUAUUUCUGGUGACCAGCCUUGGUAUGUAAAAGCUCCUAUUGGGAAAAAAAAAUGUAUUUUGCUUUUAUCUCAUUGAAAAUCAGCAGUCUUAUUGUCCGAAUUUGAGUAGAACACUUGGAUGUUCAACACAUCCUAAGGUGACCGUUGUAACUGUGUCUUUCAAGACUUUGAGGCUCAAUGACUUGUAGGUGGUACUUGUUAUUUAAGUAUAAAUCAUAGUAAAUAUUGUAAAGUAUAUUUUUUAAAAGUACUGGUGUAAGGGGACUGGAGAGAUGGCUCAGGGGUUAAGGGCACUGACUGUCCUGAGUUCAAUUUCCAGCAAACACAUGGUAGCUCGUAGCCAUCUAUAAUGAGCUCUGUUGCCCUCAUCUGGCUUGCAGAUACAUAUGCAGGCAGAACACUACAUAUGUAAUAAAUAAAUAAAUAAAUAAAUAUUUUUAAAAAGUACUUGUAUAAAAUAAUAAAUGGAAUGUAUAGUAAUUUAUUAGUGCUUGUCAUGCACAAAACAUUCCUUAUACAGUUUUAAAGGAUUGAAAAACAUGAUAGUAUAAGACUUUUGUUGCUAAAGAACUUCUAAUUAAUCACAUAGAUUAAAACAUUAAGUAUAGGCCAUUGAUUGUGCUUACAUCUAUAAUCCCAGUACUUGGGGAUGGGAUGGAGUACUGAAGUAAGAGGAGGCUUGUUAGUUUAAGGCCAGCUUGAGCUAGAGACUUACCUCAAAAAGUCUGUAAAUAUGCCAGGAGGUGGUGAAACAUUCCUUUAAUCCCAGCACUUGGGAGGCAGAUGCAAGUAGAUCUCUGUGAUUUCAAGGCCAGCCUGGUCUACAGAGUGAGUUCUAGGACAGCCAGGCUACACAGAGAAACCCUGUCUCAAAAUAAAAUAUAAUAAAGUAAAAUAAACAAAUCUGUAAAUAGAGCAUUUUCAUUACUGUCUCUCCAGAAUUACUGUUAUUACCAGUGCAAUCUCGAUACCCUGGAGACUGCCUCUUGGUGCAGAUCAGUGACCCUCUCAGCCUUUCUGUAGCCCAUCCCUGUUCCUUUGUGUUAGCUGCUGAUCUGAAGAACACUUUCUACCAGGGAACCCAGUGGCCGCACUCAGGCAGGCAAAUUUCACUUUCAUUCCUGUCCACCAUUUCUGUCUCUCCAGAGUUGUUAUUAAUUCUGUAGCAGCCUUCCUGCUCCCAUUCUCCUUCCUCUCCCUGGGGACUCUGCCUCUUGAUGCUGACCUCUGUACCCCUAGUUCUUUCCUGCUGACUCUCAGCCGUUCCUCUUAGUUCAUCUCUAUUGCUUUGUAUCAUCCACUCCCUGGCAGAAUCACUGGGGACCCCCAGAGCAGUGAGCAACAAGAACCAAAGAACAGACUACCCACUCAACAAAGACCAAACCAGAUAUUUACCCCACGUAACACCUCAGACACUGUAACUCCAGUGACUGGAUCACAGCACAGAGACAUAAACAAGAACAGUCAAGACAAUAUACCUCUUUUAGAAGUUAGUAACCAUAUUGUAAUAGGCCCCAAGAAAUCCAAUUUAGCUGAAUCAUCAGGCAAGGACUUCAAAACAGCAAUUAUGGAUAUGUUCAAGGAUCUUUUAAAAAUUUUUAUUUACACCCCAAUUGCUGCACCCCUUCCUGGUCCUCAUCUCACACACUCCCUCCCUGUGUAUCCCCAAACCCUGGCAUAUCAAGUCUCUGCAGGGCUAGGUGCAUCCUCUCCUGCUGAGGCCAGUACAAGGCAGCCCAAUUAGGGGACCAUAUUUCUCAGACAGGCAAGAGCUUUAAGGAUAGCCCCACUCUAGUUGUUGGGUGAUCCACAUGAAGAAAGAACUUCACAUCUGCUACAUAUGUGCUGGGAGUCUAGGUCCAGCCUGUGCAUGCUCUUUGGUUGGUGGUUCAGUCCCCAUCCUUGUCCCCUCUCCUACCCAGUCCCCUCCCUCCAUCUGUCUCCUAUAACUGUUUUAUUUCCCCUUCUAAGUGAAAGUCAAUCAUUCUCAAUUGGGCCUUCCCUCCUGUUUAGCUUCUUUAGGUCUGUGGAGUAGAAUGUGGGUAUCCUGUACUAUAUGGCUAAUAUCCACUUAUAAGUGAGUGGAUGCCAUGCAUGUAUUACAUACUUAAUAAAGUUGUUAGGAGUUACCAUAUAAACUUUCUGUGUUGUAUCCACGUUUAAAUGUCUGAUGGUGGCCAAAAUGUUCUUUUAAUUAAAAAAUUAACAAUUA